AGUACGCCCAACUGUUUGCAGCAUUGAUUGCGCGAACUGCAAAAGAUAUUGAUGUUCUAAUAGAUUCCCUGCCUAGUGAGGAAUCAACAGCAGCUUUGCAGGCUGCUAGUCUGUAUCGAUUAGAAGAAGAAAAUCAUGAAGCAGCUGCCCGUCUGGAAGAGGUAGUUUAUCGUGGGGAUAUGCUGCUGGAGAAGAUACAGAGUGCCCUGGCAGACAUUGCGCAGUCACAGCUGAAGACGCGAAGCGGCACACACAGCCAGCCCCUGCCCGACUCCUAG